GCGGCUCGAGGCGUCAUGGCUGAAAUGGCAGCGCUGGUCAGCCCUGAGCAGGCCGAGCGGUACCGGAGGUGUGUGUCCCAAGCUAAGGAGGAGGCCCGAAAUGGGAAUCUGGAAGAAUCCAUCCGGCUCUUCAGAGAAGCCCAUGAAAUCCAUCCCAGCGAAAAGCUGAUGAUGAAGGUUCAAAAGCUAGAGGAGGCGUUGGCUUCGCUUGCCCUGAAUCAGGAGGACGAUGGCUUUGUGAACGUGUGUCAGAGCGGGCUGAUGCUCUAUGGAGAGAUGCACGAUAAACUGUUUGACCACCAGAGGGAAGGGAUCACCUUCCUAUACAGCUUGUAUCGGGAUCACCGGAAGGGUGGGAUCCUGGCAGAUGACAUGGGAUUGGGGAAGACUAUUCAGAUCAUCGCUUUUCUCUCUGGCAUGUUCGAUGGCGAGCACAUCCAGUCUGUCUUGCUCAUUAUGCCGACCACCCUCGUAAGCAACUGGAUGAAAGAGUUUGUCAGCUGGACGCCUGGCCUGCGAGUGAAGGUUUUCCAUGGGACCAGUAAGGUGGAGCGCACCAGAAACCUAGAGCGCAUCCAAAAGAGGAAUGGCGUCUUGAUCACCACAUACCAGAUGAUCCUUAACAACUGGCAGCAGCUCUCUAGCUGUGGAGGGAGGGAGUUUGUCUGGGACUAUGUGAUUCUGGAUGAAGCCCAUAAGAUUAAAACCCCUUCUGCCAAGACCACAAAAUGUGUGCAUGCCAUCCCUUCCAAAAACCGCAUCCUCCUUACCGGGACGCCGGUGCAGAACAACCUGCAAGAGCUGUGGGCUCUCUUUGACUUUGCUUGUCAGGGUUCGCUCCUAGGAACCAUGAAAACCUUCAGGAUGGAAUAUGAAAACCCCAUCACAAAGGCGAGGGAGAAGGACGCCACCCCGGGAGAGAAGGCCCUGGGGCUGAAGAUGUCUGAAAACUUGAUGUCCAUCAUCAAGCCCUAUUUCCUAAGACGGACUAAGGACGACAUUCAGAAGAAACUCAAGUCUGGACCUAAAAGCAAUCUUCCGGAGGAUCAAAGCAGAACUACAGCUCCUGAGAUGCCUUCUCUUCCAAGAAAAAAUGAUUUCAUUGUGUGGGUGUAUGUAUCGCCUGUACAAGAAGAAAUAUACAGGAGCUUUCUAUCCUUGGAUCACAUCAAGGAGUUGUUGAUGACCACGCGGUCCCCCCUGGCUGAGCUGAACAUCCUAAAGAAGCUCUGCGACCACCCCAGGCUGUUGUCCGCACGAGCCUGUGGCCAGCUUGGCCUGGCAACUUCUGAGUAUUCGGAGAGAGAGGAAGGUGGAGAAAGUGAUGCCGAUGAGCUCUGGGGCAAGAACAUGGGCAUUGAUCAUAUUUCUGACGAGAUUCUCAUUGAAGAGUCUGGCAAGGUCAGGUUCCUCAUCACUUUGCUGGACAGACUGCAAGAAGAAGGGCACCAAACCCUGGUUUUUUCCCAGUCAAGGAAAAUGCUGGAUAUUAUAGAGCGCAUCUUAACUCACAAGCGCUUUAAGCUCAUGCGCAUUGAUGGGACGGUGACUCAUCUGUCAGAACGAGAGAAGAGGAUCGACGCUUUCCAGAACAGCAAAGAUUACUCCGUCUUUUUGCUUACGACCCAAGUAGGUGGAGUGGGCUUAACCUUGACCGCUGCUACCAGAGUGGUGAUUUUUGACCCCAGCUGGAACCCAGCUACUGAUGCCCAAGCCGUGGACCGAGCUUACAGAAUCGGGCAGAAAGAGAACGUCGUGAUCUACCGGCUAAUAACUUGCGGGACAGUGGAAGAGAAGAUCUACCGACGGCAAGUCUUCAAGGACUCGCUCAUAAGGCAAACCACCGGUGAUAAGAAGAACCCCUACAGGUAUUUCACCAAGCAGGAACUGAGAGAGCUUUUCACUUUGGUAGACACACGGAGUUCCGCCACCCAGCUCCAGCUUCAGUCCUUGCAUGGGACUCAGAGGAAAACCGACGUGCAUCUCGAUGAGCACAUUGCAUACCUCUACUCGCUGGAGAUCUUCGGCCUCUCAGACCACGACUUGAUGUACACACGGGAAACGGGCUACGAAGAUGAGGCGGAGGAUGAAGAGGCUCAUCGGUACAUCGAGCACAGGGUGCAGAAAGCCCAAGAGCUGGUGCAGCUCGAAUCGCAGUUGAAAGACCAGCUGGCGGCCAACAUCAGACACACAACGGAAGGAGCGUGGCUGAGAGCAACAAAGUCGUCAUUUGUUCCGCCAAGGGAAAAAUCGCCGAAGCCUUCUCCGGUUUUCUCUGCGCCCUCUCCUGUACCUGUGCAAUUACCAAACAGCAGUGUGGUCAUCAGUGUGGAAACUGACGAUGAAGAAGACUUGGCCAAUGCCAGCUUUAAAAUGACGAGCCUGGUUAUUGAGGAUGGGGCUGAUAAAAGCCUGGGUCAGGAAGAAUCUGGUAUGGCUGUAUCUCUUUCCAAGGCUGAAGAAUCCAGGCAUGCCAGCAUACAGGAAUGUGAGCCAAAGCACGAUCUGAGCUCUUCUCCCGCUCACUUUGUAUCCAACGAGGAGGAUGACAGCUCUGGAUCCAAAAUGACCUCCUGCGAUCCUCCUGCUAGUGCAAGUGACAGCUUUAAUGAUGUCCACAUGGCAGCUUUGCAGCGGUCAGUAGUAUAUAUUUCUGAUGAUGAUGAUGCUCAUGAGGCCCAAGCCAACACUGAAAUGUCACUCCAUGUUCUUGAGAGUCCAUGCAGAGAGGCGAGUCAAAGUGGUGAGCGAGAUGCCAUCGCAGCACCAACGUUGCAGGCCAGUGAAACGUCUCAGCGUAGUACCGAUCGAAAGUCUGGAAGAAGUGAAAUCCUGGCGAGGGACGCAUCUUUAUUUGGUUCUUCCCCAUACCAAGGUGAUUUCAACCUCGUUUUAGAAGAUUCGGAGAACCAACCACAAGAUGCUUCGGAAAAAGAAAUGUUGCUCGAAGACACCGAAAACACAGGAUUCCACCUGAGACUAGACAGCCACUGUAGCUCUGCAGCUCAUUCCGUGGUAGGAGAAAACAGAAGUACCAGGAGCCUCCAGGCUAGCAAAAAUAUAAUGGGAUCCCUUAUGACAGACAGUUCCAAUGCUGACCAUGAUGCUUCGAUGGGCAAUAGCGAUGUUUCUGUUACCCAUAAGAAGAAGCCAGUCCGGAGGAUUGUUUCAGAUAGUGAGGAGGACGAAGAGGGUCCUAUAAUUUAUCUGGGCGAAAGUGAGCCUGGAAAAGCAUUUUCCUUGGACAACCCAAGUGGAAUCUGCAUGUCAACACCAAAGUCCAGCGGACCUUCGGCUGAUCUUUGUUUUUCUCCACGGUUCAUACUUAGCGAAAGACGAUCAACAGCUUCUAGAAGGUCCUUGGCUAAUGUGGUCUUUGAUCAAGUGGAGGAUGUUGCGGAAAACAUAGCUGAUGCGUCUCCUGGAAGGCCCUUGCCAGAUGAUCUCGAGGAAGAACUGGCUCAGGAAUACAGUGGUCGGGAGUCUGCAGAGCCAGAAGAGGAACCUUCGGGUGAAACAUUGUAUUCCGAGGGCAAAUCCAGCUAUUUAGACGACACAGAGUCUCCCCGAAACGAUUCUGUUGUUUUUGGAGGAAUGGUGCCUUGA